AUGUUAGGGUGUAAGCCAGUUGAAACCCCUGUUGAGCCUAAUUCACAUCUUAGGAGUAAAGAUGGUGAACCAGUUGAUAAGGGCAGCUACCAGUGGUUGGUUGGUAGACUGAUUUAUUUAUCUCACACUAGGCCAGAUAUAGCCUUUGCUGUUAGUGUGGUCAAUCAGUACAUGCACGACCCUCAUUCAUCACAUUUAGAUGUUAUUUAUAGAAUUUUGAGAUACCUGAAGGCUGCUCCUGAGAAAGGUGUUCUCUUCUCAUCACACAAUCACCUCCGUAUUGAGUCAUUCACAGAUGCAGAUUGGGCUGGCUGCCCAGAUGAUUGGAGAUCUACAUCUAGGUAUUGCACCUUUGUUGGUGGUAACUUGGUCACUUGA